UUUGUCCACCAUGGCCACAGCUUUACCCAGAACCCUCGGAGAGUUGCAGCUCUAUCGAAUCCUGCAGAAAGCCAAUCUCUUGUUCUACUUCGAUGCCUUUAUUCAACAGGGAGGGGAUGACGUCCAGCAGUUGUGCGAGGCGGGGGAAGAGGAGUUCCUCGAAAUCAUGGCCCUCGUCGGCAUGGCGAGCAAACCCCUUCACGUCCGAAGACUUCAGAAGGCGUUGAGAGACUGGGUCACGAAUCCAGGCCUUUUUAACCAGCCCCUUACUUCCUUACCGGUCAGUAGCAUUCCUAUAUAUAAGUUACCGGAAGGAUCUCCCGCUUGGUUGGGAAUAUCAUGCAAUAGCUACGAAAGGAACAGUAAUUCGCGUGAGCCUCACUUGAAGAUCCCGAAAUGCGCCGCGACCACGUGCAUUCAGAGCGUGGGCGCAGGCAAGUCCGACGGGGCGGGCACGUUGCCGCUGCAGAGCGGCAGCGAACAGAGACUGUGGCAAGGCCACCCCGCCACCGAGAGCGAGCACAGCCUCUCCCCGGCAGACGUCGGCUCUCCGGCCUCGCCAAAGGAAAACCCAGAAACCUUGGACAUGGCGGCCGCCCUGUCGGUCUCCGAGUGCGUCGAGCGCCUGGUCCCCACCCUCCCCAAGAGCGACUUGAACGAAGUCAAAGAACUGCUGAAAAUCAAUAAGAAGCUGGCCAAGAUGGUGGGCCACAUUUUUGAGUUGAGCGACGAGGACCCUCGCAAAGAGGAGGAGAUCAGGAAGUACAGCGCAAUCUACGGCCGGUUUGACUCAAAGAGGAAAGACGGCAAGCAUCUCACCCUUCACGAGCUCACUGUUAAUGAAGCGGCCGCCCAGUUGUGCGUGAAGGAUAACGCCUUGUUGACCCGGAGGGACGAGCUGUUUGCGCUGGCGCGGCAGAUCUCUCGAGAAGUGACCUACAAGUAUACUUACCGGACCACCAAGUCUAAAUGUGGGGAAAGGGAUGAGCUGUCUCCAAAGAGAAUUAAGCUAGAGGAUGGCUUCUCCGAUUUCCAGGAUGCGGUCCAGAGCUUUUACCAGCAGGAUUCGGUCAAAAUUCAGCAGGCGCUGUCAAAAGGGAAGUGUGAAGACUUGGCAGUUCUCGGCUUGCAGCCGGAAAAGAUGAUGUCGAAGCAGAUGGAAUUCCUUUGCACCCGGGCGAAUCUGGAGAGGCGCCUUUCGACGGGCCUUUACAGGCAGACUUCCGAAGAGCACAGUCCCAACGGCUUGACACCGGACCAUGCCGACGGGCAAGGCGAAAGGCCCUUAAAUCUCCGCAUGUCAGGGCUGCCCAGCAGACUGAUGCCGCACAUUUCGUUAGACGGGGACCCCCACGUGGUGAAACCGCUCUGCGGUGACUUGAGCCGGCUGUAUUCCAGCGGUGAGGCAAAGUCACACUCUUCGGAAGGCCUUGGUAUCUUGAAAGAUUUCCCUCACUCAGCUUUCAGCAACCUCGAAAGGAAAGUCAUCAAGACAGAGCCGGAAGACACAAGAUAGCCAUACUUCAGGAGAAAACAGGGUAUUUUAUUUAGGAAUAAAAGCUUCAAAGGAGAAAUCAAACAAGCCUUAAUAAACCAGUGUUGCCUCACUGAAAUAAGAGAUUUCAUAGCCAAAGCUGAAGAACUGGGGUUCCCCUACCGCAUU